AACAGUCGCCGACGUAACGACGACACAGAGGUGUAGGAUGUAGCACAAGACGUGGCUAGCGAGCUAGUGGGUACAGUAGGACGUCAGAAAAUACAUUCACAUCGUUAUCCGGGUCAAUUUUUCUUCAUGCUCAAGUGAGUAUAUCACUACUUUAUACUGUUUUCUUUCAGCGUGGGUGGUUGUAAUUAACCAUUCGUGGGUUUAAUUUGCCCAGUCUGGGAUCUGUCUGGUUAGCUCGUCUGCUAUUAUCCACAGGAAACCGAAACCAGAGGCACUGGAGGCGCUAGCAUGGCUAUCUAGUUAGCUCGCAUGAUCCACAUUUAAUUCAUGACGUGCAAACCGCACUGACAUCUGGUAUCACCGAUUUGGGCAUUUAUUUAAGAUGACACCAGUUUGUCUCAUUGGACACCCGAAUGUAUAGCGCUUUAGUGUCGGUUUUGUUGCGGAGGAGCAUAAUUUAGGUAGCUAACAUUAGCAUGAAGGGCUAGUCCGCUUGCAGGGCAUGCUGAGAGAGACAGACGGGAGGAAAAGGGGCUGAAGGGGCUGUUAAAUCACCCCAGACCGGUAUAUGCUGCUUUUACCAAAAUGAGGUCAGCUAUCAGGCAGCUGGGAUGACAACAGGAUGCUCUCCUCAGAUGUUAGUGCAAUUUCAUAUGUGGAGGAUAAUGUUAGAGAACCACAUUCCGGAUUAAGGACACCGCUUUUUGGCUCCAGGAUCUGUAUAAAUACGGCAUGCUAAAAUGUCAUGUGUCAUUGUGCAUUUACAGCUGUAAUUGAUUUAAAAGACGGGGAUAAGAUGCGCGUAAUUCCUCUUGUAACAGCCUUUUAAAGAGUUAUUUUUGUCAUGUGUGUUUUUUUCCAGAGUAUUUGGGUGUCUCUCUCUCUGCAGACUGAUGAUAUCUGCCUGAUGUGACGCAUCAGCUUUAUAUCAAGAGCUGAAUGGAAGUAUUGAAGGGCUUUUGUGAGUGAGGUAUGCUCAGUUUACGGCUGCAGUUGCUAACAUCCAUAUCUUGCUGCAAUCUUGUUGUUUCUGUGCCUAAUCUAUGAGUAAUGUGUCUCACAGGAGGUUGUGGUUCCUGGUAAUGUACCAUGGGGUACGACGUUACGAGGUUCCAAGGGGAGGUGGAUGAAGACCUGCUGUGCCCCAUAUGCAGUGGAGUCCUUGAGGAACCAGUGCAGGCAAGCCUUAAUCCUAAAUCAUAUUUGAUCACAUCAUUUUUCAAAUAUGUAUUUCAUGCGUCUCUCCUCGUUUUCCUUUCAGGCUCCACAUUGUGAGCAUGCCUUCUGCAAUGCCUGUAUAACACAGUGGUUCGCCCAGCAGCAGAUUUGUCCCGUCGAUCGCACGGUUGUGACACUAGCUCACCUCCGACCUGUGCCCCGCAUCAUGCGCAACAUGCUGUCCAAACUCCAGAUCAGCUGUGACAAUGCAGGGUUUGGCUGCACGGCAACACUACGGCUGGACCAGCUGCAGUCGCAUCUGAAGGAUUGUGAGCACAACCCUAAAAGGCCCGUCAACUGUGAGGAGGGAUGUGGGUGAGUGCAGUGCAACAGCUGCAUGCAGUGAUUGCAAAAGUUUUGUCACCCUUAAGAACCAGAAAAUAACACCAUAGGUCAAUCCACAGGUCACCCUAGGUUGAGUUCAAGUGUAUGACCUUUUCACUGUGCAGCAGGAUAUAACAAUAAUGUGUUUUUUUUGUCUUUGACCUACUUCUACAGGCUUGAAAUGCCCAAAGAUGAGCUACCCAACCAUAAAUGUAUCAAACACUUACGGAGCGUCGUCCAGCAGCAACAGACGAAGAUCUCGGAGCUGGAGAAAACUGUGGCAGAACAUAAACACCAAUUGGGAGAACAAGUAAGACCAUAUUUCUGCUCACUGAUGUAUUAGCCACAAAGUGUUCUAUGUGUCCAGUUUGAAAAAUGUUGCUUACAAACUCGUGUAGCACAAGCUUAGAAAUGCCCCAAAGCAUAUUAUUUAAAGUUCUUCAAGUGCAGGUCUUUCAUCAAAACAAUCUAGUUAUAGAAGUUUGCUUGACUGGGCCAUUUUAAAUAUUCUGUGGUGUUGCUUUGCAUUGAGGAUGAACUGAUGUCUGUCACUGUAGUUUUCCUGUGUAAGUUAUCAAGUAUGAUGUGGAGAGCUGGGUGGAGCCUAUGUUGUUAGGAGAGCAGUAAGUCACACCAUGAAAUAUUAAAGCUCCAUUUUUUUAGUAAACGUUGCUGUUUGUUGAUAAAGUCAGAUAAAGAAAGAGAAGAGGAAUAUUUAUACAUCACCACCUUACUCUAUAAGGUGUUGCUAUUAAAAUACAUCCUCCUAAUGACUGGUUUGGAAUCAGGAAAAGCUAAGAGGAUUAAGGAUCAAUGUGUGCCCAGAAAGAGUCGAUAAAAGUGAGUUAAGAGUAGAGUGCUGCUGAUUCAUUAAGUCAUCGAUGUAGGAGCCGACAGACUGCAGGUUUGCAAAUUGAGAUUUUAUGUCUAGUAUUUUGGAGACCAUAUGAACUCAGUUAUUGAAAAUGAUGUUAUUAAUUUCCAGAAACGGGACAUUCAGCUGCUAAAAGCCUAUAUGAGAGCCAUCCGCAGUGCGAACCCAAACCUGCAAAACCUGGAGGAGAGCAUCGAGUACAAUGAGAUCUUAGAGUGAGUUAAAACUUCAUCUUCUCUCUUCUUGGGUGUUCUAUUAUUAAUCAUGUCAGGGAGCUGCAGCUCAGCCCUUAACUCUCUUGUGGUUUUCACUUUAUAUUAUCUUCAGGUGGGUGAACUCCAUGCAGCCUGCGAGAGUCACACGAUGGGGUGGCAUGAUCUCCACCCCUGAUGCCGUGCUCCAGGCAGUGAUCAAACGCUCCCUGAUCGACAGCGGCUGCCCCCUGUCCAUUGUGAACGACCUGAUCGAGAACGCCCACGAGCGGAACUGGCCACAGGGACUGGCCACGCUCGAGACGCGGCAGAUGAACAGGCGCUACUAUGAGAACUACGUUGCUAAGCGCAUCCCUGGCAAGCAGGCGGUGGUGGUGAUGGCCUGUGAGAAUCAGCAUAUGGGGGAGGAUAUGAUCCUUGAGCCCGGCCUGGUCAUGAUCUUUGCUCACGGAGUGGAGGAGAUCUUAUAACUGUACGGCAAGCAGAGCUGAACCAGAGACAAGUGGGAGGGUUUUUGCUUUAGGGGUUUGCUGUGAUGAGUAAGUUGAUACUCAUUGGAGUGAAACCUUCAGAAUAAAUCUGGCUUAUUUAAAAUAAAAUGAUAUAAGAGGCUCACUCCUAAGCUUGAUACCUAUGCCUUAAAGUAAGGACAAUUAUAUUAUGAUCCUAUUAAGUAGAAACUUAAUCUGACUGAUCUAAGAUAAAAGGUGAGAUGUGAUGUUUACAAGGUUUAUAUUUGGUGCAUUAUAUGAUCUGAUUGUUCUGCUCCGUGUCCUAAUGUAGUGAUAAGCUUGAGCCCCAGUUUAAUGUCCUCAGUUGUAUAAAUGCCUGUAAAUACAAAUACUAUAUUGGAUUAUAAAUGUCAGUCUCUUACUCCUCUCACUGUAAUUAGAUUGUGAUUUUUGUUCAUAUCAGUUCUUUUUUUGUCAGCCUGUGUUAACCGUCUGCAGGGACGUCAACUCGGAAGUUUCUGUGUGCUUGCUUUAGGAUUUAGUUUCCUGUGAAUAUUUCACAAAAAACAUUGUGCUUCUCAUUUCAGAUUGUCUAAACCUCCUGUGCCAUUCGUUUUAUUUAUUGUGUUGCCUUUUGCAUCAACAUGCUUGAAGAUGUUACCGUUUGAUGUUUGGAAAUCUGCCUUUUCGGUGAAUUUGAAGUUCAUUGAAGGAAGAAAAAUUGAUUUUGUAUUUGUUGCCUCAGUUGUAUAUAUAAAGUCUGUAUGUUGAGUCCAGCUGAAGUGUUAAAUGUGACGUUUAACAUUUGGGAUUUAACUAUGGAGAAAGAGUUUGAUUUGAUGAAUUGUAUUGGUUCACUUGAUAUCAAUUGAUCAUUUUGUCUGUUUCUGAUUGAAAUAUAGAGAUUGAUAUCUUCAUUUCUCACAGAUAGCAAGCAUCUAUUCACUUACAUAUCACUAAAACCAUCGCUUGGAGAUUGUAAAAAAAAAAAAAAAAGUUAUAAAGACACUCUUAUGGCGUUAAAACACUAUAAUCAUACCAUCACCAUAGUCACUUAUUGCUGUAUUAAGAUAAACAAGACUGCAGACGUCCAGUAUAAAAGCCUACACAAGUGCAGUAAACAGACAAGUUUUGGAUUGUGCCCUUUAUUGUUUUCCCUGUUAAUGUUUUUAUUCGUUUUGUGUCUGUUAUGUACCGUGUUGUACAGACAAGAAAGUAAUAAAUAUGUCCAACUAUGUCUUUA